GCAAAAUGAAACCCUCUGCCUUUACGCUGAAACUGUUGCUAUUAUAUAAAUCAACUCAUCACCAUCUCUCUCUCUCUUCGCUGAAAACGAGCAACAACACCUUGCAUGCAUUCUACUUCUCUUAGUUCUCCCCUUAACCAAACCAAAACCACUUGAUCUAUUCUUUUUCAUUUAAUCGAAAAAUAAUAGUAACUAUAAUAUCACCACCACACCGACAUGGAGAAGAAGUAGCUGUCCGUUCAAAGAGACUAGUUCUUCAUUUUGCACCAUUUCAUUCAUAUAUCUCAAUGGCUCGUGCUACUAACUGGCUUUCGUUCUCUCUCUCCCCAAUGGAAAUGCUCCGAACCUCCGAACCUCAGUUCCUUCAAUACGACGCCGCUUCCGCUACUUCCUCACAUCACUACUACCUCGACAACUUGUACACCAACGGGUGGGGCAACGGGAGCCUCAAGUUUGAGCAGAAUCUCAACCACAGUGACGUGAGUUUUGUUGAAUCUUCGUCGCAGAGCGUCGGCCACGUGCCGCCGCCGCCGCCGAAGCUGGAGGAUUUUCUCGGCGACUCCUCCGCCGUGAUGCGUUACUCCGACAGCCAGACGGAGACGCAGGACUCGUCGCUGACGCACAUCUACGACCACCACCACCACCACCACCACCACCACGGUUCUACUUCGUACUUCGGCGGUGACCAGCAGGAUCUCAAGGCCAUUACUGGAUUUCAAGCUUUUUCGACCAACUCCGGGUCCGAGGUUGAUGAUUCUGCAUCCAUCGGAAAAGCGCAGGCCAGCGAGUUCGGGACUCACUCUAUUGAGUCCUCCGGCAACGAGUUCGCCGCGUUCUCCGGUGGCACAACCGGAACCUUGUCGCUCGCCGUUGCACUGAGCUCCGAGAAGGCCGUUGUCGCGGCGGAGUCCAAUAGCUCGAAGAAGAUCGUGGAUACCUUCGGCCAGCGGACUUCUAUUUACAGAGGUGUUACUAGGCACCGAUGGACAGGAAGAUAUGAAGCGCAUCUAUGGGACAAUAGUUGCAGAAGGGAGGGUCAAGCCAGAAAAGGGCGUCAAGUUUAUUUGGGUGGAUAUGAUAAGGAAGAAAAGGCCGCGAGAGCUUAUGAUUUGGCAGCUCUAAAGUACUGGGGUCCCACUGCUACCACCAACUUCCCUGUUUCCAAUUAUUCGAAGGAAGUGGAGGAGAUGAAACAUGUAACAAAGCAAGAAUUUAUUGCAUCAUUGCGGAGGAAAAGUAGUGGUUUCUCCAGGGGAGCUUCCAUAUACAGAGGUGUUACAAGGCAUCAUCAACAGGGUAGGUGGCAAGCAAGAAUUGGCCGUGUAGCUGGAAACAAAGAUUUAUACUUGGGAACAUUCGCAACCGAGGAGGAAGCAGCAGAGGCAUAUGAUAUUGCAGCCAUAAAGUUCAGAGGUGCAAACGCGGUAACCAACUUUGAGAUGAAUAGAUAUGAUGUGGAAGCUAUAAUGAAGAGUUCUCUUCCAGUGGGUGGGGCAGCAAAACGCUUGAGGCUUUCCCUUGAAUCAGAGCAGAAAGCUCCUCCUGUGAACAGCAGCAGUCAGCAGCAGAAUCCACAGUGUGGUAACGUGAGUGGCAGCAUCAAUUUCUCAGCCAUUCAUCAGCCAAUUGCUUCAAUCCCUUGUGGAAUUCCGUUUGAUUCAACAACAGCAUAUUAUCCUCACAACCUUUUCCAACAUUUUCACCCUACCAACGCUGGUGCAGCAGCGUCUGCUGUUACUUCUGCCAAUGCAACCGCACUAACUGCACUGCCAGCAUCAGCAGCAACUGAGUUCUUUAUUUGGCCUCAUCAGUCUUAUUGAUCUAAUCAAAACUAGAAUCAAAAUCUUUUUCUAAUUUCCUGGUUAUGCUAACAAAUCAAACGCCAUAGUCUCUGGCACAGUUUAGCUGACCCCCCCUCCUCUAUUAUUAACCUAAACUAAAAAAGGAAAAAGAAAAAGAAAAAAAAGAGGAGGUUUUUGAGUUGGCUAGUCUUGGUUACAGUAGGAAGCUGGAUAUGUAACUAACUGCUUAAGAAAUGAGAAAUAUUUCGUGCAUCAUAAUUUUGCACAAGAAUUUCCUCAAUGGCUUAGCUUGCAGCAUUAGUAUGAUCGCUUUUGUUUAAUUGUCAA